AUCCUACAGCCCCCACCCCCAAAAAUAAAAGGGGCGAGGAGAGGGGGAGGGGGUGGCCGCCCCCCGCCGCCCCCGGGGCCACCGGGACCACCGGGACCAGCGGAGGGAGCAUGCGGAUCCUGCUCCUGUGCCUGCUCGGGGCGGCCGGGAGCCGCGGGCAAGCGGGACAGCCGAGGUUCGCCGAGGAGCCCGAGGACCAGACGGUGGUGGCCGGGCAGAGAAUCGUCCUGUCCUGCGUGGUGCUCAACUACUCCGGCAUCGUGCAAUGGACCAAGGACGGGCUGGCGCUGGGCAUGGGGCAGGGCCUCAAAGCCUGGCCCCGGUACCGCAUCGUGGGCGCGGCCGAGGCGGGCCAGCACAACCUGGAGAUCAGCCGCGCCGAGCUCUCCGAUGACGCCGCCUACGAGUGCCAGGCCACCGAGGCCGCGCUGCGCUCGCGCCGCGCCCGGCUCACCGUGCUCAUCCCCCCCGAGGACCCCACGAUCGACGGCGCCCCCGAGAUCCUGCUGCGGGCGGGGACCCCGUACAACCUGACGUGCCGCGCGCGCAGCGCCAAGCCGGCCGCCAGCAUCGCCUGGUUCCGCGACGGGCAGCAGCAGGACGGCGCCGCCACCGCCACGGAGCUGCUGGCCGAUGGCAAGCGCGAGAGCACCACCAGCCUGCUGCCCAUCACCCCGUCCGAGCUGGACACCGGCCGCGUCUUCUCCUGCCGCAGCGCCAACGCGGCCGCGCCCGGCGGCAGAGAGACCUUCGUGCGCCUCAACGUGCACCAUCCCCCGACGGUGACUUUGUCCAUCCAGCCCCAAACGGUGCAGGAGGGCGAGAGGGUCGUGUUCACCUGCAUGGCCACGGCCAACCCCGAGAUCAGGGGCUACAGGUGGGCCAAAGGGGGGGUGCUGAUCGAGGAGGCCAAGGAGAACAGGUACGACACGCAGGUGGAUUACACCUUCUUCACCGAGCCCGUGUCCUGCGAGGUGCACAACGACAUCGGCAGCACCAACGUCAGCACCCUGGUGGAUGUCCACUUCGCCCCCCGGAUCGUGGUGGACCCCAAGCCCACGGUGACCGACAUCGGCUCCGACGUCACCCUGACCUGUGUGUGGUCGGGGAAUCCCCCCCUGACCCUCACCUGGACCAAGAAGGAAUCCAACAUGGUGCUCAGCAACAGCAACCAGCUGUACCUCAAGUCGGUGACGCAGGCGGACGCGGGUCAGUACGUCUGCAAGGCCAUCGUGCCGCGCAUCGGCGUGGGCGAGAGGGAGGUCACGCUCUUCGUCAACGGCCCGCCAAUCAUCUCCAGCGAGCCGGUGCAGUACGCGGCGCGCGGCGACCGCGGCAAGGUCGAGUGUUUCAUCGGCAGCACGCCGCCGCCCGAUCGCAUCGCGUGGGCGUGGCAGGAGAACGUUCUGGAAGCGGGGACGCUGGAGCGCUACACGGUGGAGAGGAGCAACACGGGCAGCGGCGUGCUGUCCACGCUGACCAUCAACAACGUCAUGGACGCCGACUUCCAGACGCGCUACAACUGCACGGCCUGGAACAGCUUCGGGCCCGGCACCGCCAUCAUCCAGCUCGAGGAGAGAGAGGUCCUGCCCGUGGGCAUCAUCGCCGGCGCCACCAUCGGGGCCAGCAUCCUCCUGGUCACCUUCCUGGUGGCGCUCGCCUGCUUCCUGUACCGGCGCCGCAAAGGAAGCCGCAAGGACGUCACCCUGCGCAAGCUGGACAUCAAGGUGGAGACGGUGAACCGGGAGCCGCUGACGCUGCACGGGGACCGCGAGGAGGACACGGCCAGCGUGUCCACGGCCACGCGCGUCAUGAAGGCCAUCUACUCGUCCUUCAAGGAUGACGUGGAUUUGAAGCAGGACCUGCGCUGCGACACCAUCGACACCCGCGAGGAGUACGAGCUCAAGGACCCCACCAACGGCUACUACAACGUCCGCGCCCACGAGGAGCGCCCGGCCUCGCGGCCGGUUCUGUUCCCCGAUUUCCGCCCGGUGGCCGUGGCCGCCCCCGCCCGUUUCGACGCGCGGCCGCCGUCGCGGCUGUCGCACUCCAGCGCCUACGCCCAGCUCAGCUCCUACCCCCGGGGCACCCCCGACUUCCCCCCGGAGCCCGGCGCCGCCGCGGCGGGCGACAGCUCCAGCCAGCUGUCCUACGAGAACUUCCCCGGCGCCGCCUUCCCCAACUUCCCCGGUUACCGCCUGGCCUUGGGCAACCUGGAGCGCGGCGCCUACGAGGCGUUCGAGGGCAAGUUCGGCGGCGCCGCCCGCUUCUCCUACGCGUCCCAGCACUCGGACUUGGGCCAGAGGUUCCAGCAGAGGAUGCAGACGCACGUUUAGGGCGGGCUGGGAUCGCUCAGGGACCUCGCGGGCGUCCCCCUGAUAUUCAGGGGUUCAUCCCUCGCGCCCCUCGAAAUCCCAAGUUCCCGACUCGGAGUUCCCGACUUGGAGUUCCCGACUCGGAGUUCCCGACUCAGAGUUCCCAACUCGGAGUUCUGAACUCAGAGUUCCUCCCCGGUUUUCCUGGGUUUUUAAUUCUCGGAGGUUUUGUUGGAUCCGAUGGCGGGGUUGGGUUUUGGUGGGGUUUUCCAAAUUGAGAAGGACGCAAAAAUCCCCCCCAAAAAAUCUCAAUCCCAAAUCAUUAUUCCCAUUCCAUGUGGGUUAUGCGCGGCCCCAAAUACAGAGGGACACGCAAAUCCCAUAAAAAAUCCCAAUCCCAAAUCAUUCCCAUUUCCGUUAGGAUUCUGUGUACUCCCAAAUCCAGAGGGACACAGAAAUCCCAAAAAAGAACCCCAAUCCCAAAUAAUUCCCAAAAAAAGCCCCAUUCCAAACCAUUCCAAUUCCAUGAGGGUUCUGUGUACUCCUAAAUCCAGAGGGACGCACAAAUCCCACAAAAACCCCAAUCCCAAACCAUUCCCAUUUCAUGAUCCCGUUGGGAUCACCAGGAGGGUUCUGUGUGUCCUCAAAUCCAGAAGGAGGCACAAAUCCCAAAAAAAAACCAAACCCCAAACCAUUCCCAUUCCAUGAUCCCGUUGGGAUCACCAGGCGGGCUCUGUGUGUCCCCAAAUCCAGAAGGAGGCACAAAUCCCAAAAAAAAAAAAUGACCUCAUCCUAAACAUUCCCAUUCCCCAAUCCAUCCCCAAAUCCAGAGGGAUGAGCAAAUCCCAAAAAAUCCCCAAUCCCAAACCUCGCGGGCGUCCCCCUGAUAUUCAGGGGUUCAUCCCUCGCGCACCCCGAAAUCCCGAGUUCCCAACUCGGAGUUCCUCCCCGGUUUUCCUGGGUUUUUAAUUCUCGGAGGUUCUGUUUGUUCCAAUGGCGGGGUUGGGUUUUGGUGGGGUUUUCCGAAUUGAGAAGGACACAAAAA